CAAACUUUGUGCGGCCUUCACAUCAAGUGAUUGCAAGUGUUUUGUCAAAACUUAUAGUCAGUUAGCGUUGAGUUCAUUAACAGUCAUAUUGUUUACCACUAUUUAAGUGAUAAAUACAGCACUGAAUGGACUUUAAGUUCACAGAUUGUGUCCAAUACUUGAUUACUGUCUAAUCGAUGGUUUAGAUCCUUCAUAAGUACACCACAAGUAUCCAAUAUGAAGACAUUGUUGAGCAGUUUGUAUAGAAAUGAUUGCAAACUGUGGUCACACGUGUUGUCCACCAAAUGGUCCACCAAUUCAAGAGCGUAUUCAUCCGUUUCGACAAUCAAUCAAAAUGUUGUCAACGAAACCAAACUCAACUCAAAGACCAUUCGCACGGAAGCGAAGGCCAAUUGGAUCCCAUUCUCGAGACCAAGACAUGGCUGCUUCACACAAGAGAUGCCACAACUGGACAAUCAGUUCACUUCGGACGCCUUUCUUCAGCGAUAUCUGCAAAGAGUUCUCCCAAAAGAUAUGUAUAACGAGAUCAGCGGUGAUUUGACACGAUUUGGCAGUCGUGUGGCCACUGAUGUCUACGAAUUAGGUCUUGAAUGUGACAAACAUCUGCCACAACUGGUCCAACAGAACGCUUGGGGACACAUCUGUAAUGAUCUCUAUGUCUGCGAUGCAUGGAAGCAACAGAAGGUAGUGUCAGCCGAAGAAGGGGUCGUUGCCAUCGGUUAUGAACGCAAAUACCGGGAGUUCUCGCGAUUAUAUCAAUUCGCGAAACUCUUUCUGUACGCCCCCUCCUCUGGACUCUACUCGUGUCCCAUAGCUAUGGUCGACGGCGCCGCCAAAACCAUUGAAUCUCUGGCUCUCGACAAACAGCCUCUCUAUGAAGACAUCUUUGAACGGCUCACCACUCGAGACACCAACAGAUUCUACACAUCCGGACAAUGGAUGACCGAAAAGGGCGGCGGAUCUGAUGUCGCCGGCGGUACUGAGACAGUGGCCGUCCCUAUGGGUCGGGAUAUGUUUAAACUGUAUGGCUAUAAAUGGUUCUCUUCGGCCACCGACGCAGACAUAGCCUUAACAUUGGCCCGAAUUGCUGACGACGAGGGAAAUGUAUUACAGGGAACGCAAGGACUGACACUGUUUUUACUGAAAGUCAGAGACGAUACGAGCAAACAAUUGAAUGGCAUUGAUAUGAUUAGACUGAAAGACAAAUUAGGGACCCGUCAGGUGCCCACCGCUGAGUUACUUCUGGACGGCACUGUCGCUCAUAAAAUGUCUGAAGAGGGCAGAGGUGUGGCCGCCAUCGCCAAUAUGCUUCAAAUCACACGCAUUCAUAAUGCUGUUGGAAGUGCAGGUUCUAUGAGAAGAAUAAUAAGUAUUGCCAGAGAUUAUGCUCAGAGAAGGAAAGCAUUUGGCAAACCCAUCAGUCAGUAUCCAAUUCACAUGCAAACACUGGCCCGUAUGGACAUCGAGGCAAAGGGCGCCUUUAUGUUAGCCUUUGAGACCGUAAGACUGUUAGGCAAACAAGAGAUGGGUUUGGCUACUGAUGAAGACGUACUGGUGUUGCGAUUAUUGAAUCCAAUUUCAAAACUAUUUGUUUGCAAACAAGCGCUUUCAACCAUAUCUGAAGGAUUGGAGGCUUUUGGAGGACAGGGAGCUAUGGAGGACACGGGACUGCCUGUUUUGCUGAGAGAUUCUCAGAUUUUUACGAUAUGGGAGGGAACUACUAAUAUAUUGUCUUUGGAUGUGUUGCGAGUUUUAUCCAAAACCGGUGGCGAAGCUCUGCGUGCCUUAAGAUCUCAUAUUAGAAGUCGUUUAGAGUUAGCUUUAAAUCACGCAAUACUUAAAGAGGAAGCCAUCAAAGUUCAGACGGCUAUCGACUCCAUCAUUGACUUGAUUUACAAUAAUCCCAAUGUAUUGGAGGCCGGCUCUCGUGAUUUGGCAUUCAGUUUGGCCCGACUUUUCAUUGCGUCCACACUUCUGGAGUCGUCGUGUUUGGUGGGCUCCACAGACUUGGAUGAGAUAACAGCGCUCAGAUGGUGUAAAAGCCAAGACUUGACACCUUUUCUUACAAAUUAUGGACUCAAUUAUUAUGAUAAAAACUCGAUUGAAAACAAUUACAAACUGGUUAUGGAAUCCUAUAAUAAGUGAAUCUUAAUGUCUGUAUCGACACAUCUAUUGAUCGGUGAAAUAUUUUCAAUGUUUUAAUGUGGCAGUAGUUAUACGGUAUAAGAUAUGACAUUCUGUACGGUACUGUUCUCUAUAUAUUUGGGCAC